AUGAUGUUGAUGAGUCAAGAGAAGGCUCUAGUUCUACGCAGAGAAGGCUCUAGUUCUAUAGAACGUGGGAAGAGGAAAAGGCAGAUGCGUAUUCACAACACCUUCGUGGAACCUUAUGACGGGUUUAUGCAUAGACCAACUCGCUUUGAGGCUCAUGCUGGGUGCCACAUAGACCAACUGCCAGCAUUUUCUUGGAAGACGGAAGGAAAGCAAGUUGAGUGUAGAAGAGAAGGAAUUAAUGUGUGGCAUCUUGAUGAUAUGAUAGACUCCAUUUGA